AAAGAGAGUCAGUAUGAAGGUUGAUGUGGGAGCAGCAGCAGCAGCAGCCGAGAGCCAGCCUCCACCGUCACCAUCUCGCUUGCCCAGGCUGAAUGAUGGGGAAGGGCCAGAUCCUUGGAGGACCCAGCGCCUUUCUCUUCCUGCUGUUCCUUCUUCAGGGGGACAUCUCGGCACCUAGCACACUGCCGCAUCACUUGGUGCUGGUACCCUUCGUCAUCCAGGCAGAAACCUCCGAGAAGAUCUGUGUCCAUCUGAGUCACCUGAACAAGUCAGUGACGGUGAACAUCACCCUGGGAAAUCUAGUAGAGGCUCGCACCAGCCAUGUGGUGUCCAAGACAAAUCUGUUCCAGUGCAUCCCAUUCCGGGUCCCCAGAUUGAGUAACUCUUCUGGUGCUUCUGAGGCCACCCUCAGCGUGGAGGUGGCGGUGGAUGUGGAGCAGAUGCUGUUGAUAUCCCACGAACGGAAACAGGUGCUGGUCAGGAAUCCGGAGAGCCUGGUCUUUGUCCAGACAGACAAGCCCAUCUACAAGCCAGGACAGGAAGUUCGGUUCCGCAUCAUGUCUGUGGACGAAGAUUUCCGACCCUUGAACGAGACGUUUCCUUUGGUUUACAUCCAGGACCCCAAGAGGAACCGCUUGCUGUAGUGGACCAACGUGGAGCAGACAAUGGGCCUGGUCCAGCUCUCUUUCCCCCUUUCCUCUGAGCCCCCGCAAGGCACCUACAAAGUGGUGGUGCAAAAAGCCUCCGGGAACAAGGCGGAACGUCUCUUUGAAGUGAAGGAAUACGUGCUGCCCAAGUUCGAAGUUUUGGUGAAGGCACCCAAGGAGAUAACAUUUGUGGCUGAGGAACUCGAAGUGACCGUCUGUGGCCUGUACACGUACGGGAAGCCUGUCGCUGGGCAGGUGAAGGUCCGUGUUUGCCGGAAAUAUAAUGAAGACAGAGGCUGGCAUGUUUAUUCCAGUUCUGGAGGGAGCUGUUACAGAGAAGCGUCGGAAGGAAUAUGUGAAGAGUUCAGUGGAGAGGCAAAUGGGCAUGGCUGCCUCCCUCAGGUGGUGAAAACCAAGAUUUUUCAUCUGAAGCGGGAGGGAUAUGCGAUGAACCUCAAGGUGGAAGGCAAGAUCGAAGAGGAAGGCACAGGGGUGGAAAUGACAGGCACGGCUUCCACCAUGAUCAUUACCACUCUCAGCACAAUCACCUUUGAGAAUGUGGACUCUUCCUACAAGCCUGGGAUCCCCUUUACUGGGCAGGUGAAGCUUUUGGAUGCUGCCAAAGUGCCAAUUGCCAAUGAAACAAUUCAGAUUAGGGUACAUCUAACUGGAACCAGCACCAACUACGUAACUGAUGACCAGGGACGAGCCCGUUUUUCCAUAGACACUGAUAACUUCACAGCUCCUGAACUCAGGAUCCAGGCAACUUAUAAAUCGAACUCGGCGUGUGAACAAGGCUGGAUCAGUCCCCAACACCAGAGCGCAUCUCAUUCAGCGGGGCGUUUUUACUCACCAAGCCAAAGCUACCUCCACAUUGAGCGUGUUCCUGGGACCUUAAGCUGUGGUCAGACUCAGACGCUCCGGGUCCAUUAUAUUCUGAAUUCAGCUGUCGUAAAAGAGCAGGAGAUGGUCUUUUACUAUUUGGUGAUGGCUAAGGGGGUCAUUUUGCGAUCAGGGACCCAUGUUCUGCCUGUGGAGCACAGAGAAGGUACCGCCAAAGGGGUGUUUUCUCUGGACCUCCCUGUUGACAUGGACACUGCUCCGUUGGCCCGUUUGCUUCUCUACACGAUUUUGCCCAAUAGAGAACUAGUGGCCCAUUCAGCAGAUUUCACCGUGGAGAACUGCUUCGCAAACAAGGUGAACCUGUGGUUCUCUGAUGCUGAAGGCCUCCCUACUAGCAAAACUCACCUCCAUCUUGCUGCCUCCAAAGGCUCCCUUUGUGCUGUCCAUGCUGUCGAUAAGAGUGUCUUUCUCUUGAAGCCCGAAGCUGAGAUGUCCCCUAAGACUGUUUAUGAUAUGCUCCCUGUGAAGGACCUCCGAGGUUACGUCUACAGGCACCACUACCUGCUUGAACCGGACCUUGAUCGCUGCACGGUUAGGAAAAAUAUUGUUUUGGGAGGCAUCAGCUACAGAUAUGAAUCUUUUAAGCGGAGUGAACGUGAUGCCUAUGACAUUCUCAAGGACUUUGGCUUGAAAGCUUUUACCAGCACCUUGAUAAAGAAGCCUAACCUUUGCAGAGCAGAUAUACCAGUAUUUGCCAGUAAGAACCUGGUGGCAAUGUUGGUGGCAAUUGUGGGAGUAGGGGUGGGAUUUCCUCCAGUUAGCCUUCGUUCCAUCUUCAUAAUUCCGAAUAACAAUGGCCACCAUCUAUGCCCUGUCUUCCUUCAAGCUGCUAACCUACGGGAUCUGAGUGGACUGCCAGGAGCUCCAGGCAUUCCUGCACGAGAAGCUGCAAGAACAGGAAGACAGCAGGAGACUGUCAGGAGCUACUUUCCCGAGACGUGGCUCUGGAACAUGUGGAUAGUGAACGGCGAGUCCCAAGGCGAGAUUGACAUCCCUGUGACCAUUCCGGACACCAUCACCGAGUGGAAGGCGGGAGCUUUCUGCUUGUCCCCGGAUGUGGGCUUUGGCCUGGCCCAGACUGCCUCCCUCAAAGCCUUCCAGCCAUUCUUCCUUGAUCUGACCUUGCCCUACUCUGUGGUGCGGGGCGAAGCGUUCACCCUGAAGGCCACUGUCUUCACCUACAUGCAGCGCUGCGUCAGGGUCAGUAUCUCGCUGGCUCCCUCUGCUGAGUUUGUGGCUUCCCCUGUGGAGAAGGAGGAGGAAUCUUACUGCCUGUGUGCCAACGAAAGGAAAACGGUCUCUUGGACGGUAACUCCCAAAUCUCUGGGGGAAAUAAACUUCACAGUGAGCGCUGAAGCCCUGAACUCUGAACAGCUCUGUGGGAACGAAAUAGUGGAGACUCCCCACAAGGGGCAGAAGGACACUGUGAUCAAAUCCCUUUUGGUCGAGCCGGAAGGCGUUGAGAAGGAUGUGGUCUUCAGCAACCUGCUCUGUGCAGCUGAGAAGUCCAAGUCAUCAGGACCUGUUUCUUUAAAGCUGCCAGGCAACGCGGUGGAGGGCUCAGCCAGGGCCUCCUUCUGUGUGCUGGGGGACAUCCUCGGAAGAGCUAUAAAGAACCUCCACCAGCUUCUCCAGAUGCCCUACGGCUGUGCGGAGCAGAACAUGGCCCUCUUUGGCCCCAACAUCUACAUCCUGGAGUACCUGAAUAAGACUGAGCAGCUGACUGAGGAGGUGAAGUCCAAGGCCAUCGGAUACUUAGUGGCUGGCUACCAGAGGCAACUGAACUACAAGCACUAUGAUGGCUCCUAUAGCACCUUUGGACAAGAUAACCGGAGCCCAGGGAACACCUGGCUGACGGCGUUUACGCUCAAGUCCUUUUCCCGAGCCAGACCCUACAUCUUUGUAGAAGAAAAACAGAUCCAGGACGCUCAGGCGUAUCUGGCUUAUAGGCAGAGAGAGACUGGCUGCUUCAGAAGCGUUGGGAUCCUGUGGAACAACGCUCUGAAGGGUGGGGUGGAUGAUGAGAUCAGUCUCUCUGCCUACAUCACUGCUGCUUUGCUGGAGAGCCAUCUGCCUCUCGAUCAUCCCACCGUCCGUAAUGCCCUGUUCUGCCUGGAGACGGCGGCUCAGGCGAAAGAGAUCCACGUUUACAGCCUGGCCUUGCUGGCUUAUUCCUUUGCCCUGGCAGGGAAGGAGGAGCAGAGGCAGAAAAUGCUGCAGUUACUCCACGAGGAAGCCGUGCAAGAAGUGGAUGGCUCCCUUCACUGGCAGCGGCCUGGAAAGAAAGAGGUGGACAUGUACCUUUCAUUCUUUGGUCCUCCCCGGGCUCCCUCUGCGGAGGUGGAGAUGACAGCCUACGCCCUCCUGAGUUACCUGACCAAACAGCCAGCGCCGUCCCAGGAAGAGCUGGGGAUAGCCACUCGCAUUGUCAAGUGGCUCAGCCGGCAACAGAACCCCACUGGGGGCUUCUCUUCCACUCAGGACACUGUGGUUGCCCUCCAGGCCCUCUCCCUCUACGGUGCCCUUACCUACUCCAAGAGCAGCACGGGCACAAAAGUGACCCUGAGCUCCACAGGGGGCGUCCUGAGGCAGUUCCAGGUGGACAGCACCAACCGCCUGCUUCUCCAGUGCCAGGCUCUGCCCAGAGUGCCAGGGGACUACGGCAGCACGGCCACGGGGGACGGCUGUGUCCACGUCCAGACCACUUUGAAAUACAACGUGCAGCCACACCAGGAAGAGGCGCCGUUCAUGCUGGAGGUACGCACAGUUCCAGAGACCUGCGCUGGACCCAAAGCCCACCAAACCUUUGACGUUGCCAUCAAUGUCAGUUACACCGGCAACCGACCGGCCUCCAACAUGGCCAUCAUCGAUGUUAAGAUGCUCUCGGGAUUCAUCCCAGUGAAACCAUCCGUAAAGCAGCUGGAAAGCCACAAUCUGGUCCAGCGCACGGAAGUGAGCACCAGUCAUGUCCUGCUGUAUUUGGAGAAGGUGACCAACAUGACCCAGAGCUACACCUUCACUGUGGAGCAGGACGUGCCUGUCCAGAACUUAAAGCCAGCUGUGGCAAGAGUCUAUGAUUACUAUGAAACAGAUGAUGUUGCUGAUGCAGAGUACAGCGCCCCCUGCAGUACAGCCGAAACUAAACAGGGGAAUGAAUGAUGAAGAAUGCAGCCCAUCGCUUCCCAGGCGGACUCUGCUGGCGUCUGGUCUCCUCGCUGACCCAAACAGGACUAAUUUAGCCAGCUAGCCCUGGUGAUCGUCCAAUGUUUAUUUGAUGGAUUUCCCUCCUAAAUUGAUUUUUUAACACUGAAUUUAUUAUUACUCACGUUUUAUACUGUAUUUUAUGCUGCUUUUUGUUGCAUCAAUUAAGUGUUUUAAAUUUGUUGUUAGCUGCCCUGAGCCCAGUUUUCUGAACCGGGAAGGGCGGGGUAUAAAUAAAAAAAUAUUAUUAUUAUUAUUAUUAUUAUUAUUAUUAUUAUUAUUAUUAUCAUUAUCUUCCUUCCACUGGAUAAGGGGGGGGACAGAGCAGUGGCUAUGAAGAGGGAAGAAGGAUUUCUCCAAAUGCAAGGCUCAUCCACAUCUCUGCUUUCCCCCGGGAAAAAGCCACUUUUUACCGCUGAGUCGGAGCAAACAUUGAUUGGGUUUUCUCCAUCUUGAGGUUUGCUCUGAUUUAGCGCUCAAGAGAGCGUUAUCCAAGGGAAAGUAGUGGGGUAAAGGAUUUUUUUUUUCUAGAAAUGGGACAAGCGGAAGUGUGUGGCCCAGUUUGCUUAUUCCACCCCUUGAUAGUCCCAAAGGUCUGAACUGCAGCCUGCUCUGGCAAAACCCGGAAUAACAAAAGGAAGAAGAGGGGAUCGCUACAAACUCAGGCACCUCCUUUGUUGUUUUUUGUCUUCAUUUUGAGAUCCUUCUGUGUGGCUUCAAUUUCCCUCUACAGGAUAAAAUAAAAGAGAACCAUAUUUUUGAUUCCA